CAAAUCUUGCCGACAAUCGUCACCGGAGAGCUUCCGUCGACCGGUCAAGUGUUUGAUAGCUAAAGAAGAUGUUGAAGUUUCUAUCAAAAGUAAGAGUUGAGUACAACACAUUAGAUCCAAGACUUGCGUCUUGUGUUGAGUUCUUAGCUCAAUGCAAUGCAAGGAAGGCCAAAGAGUCGAAUCCAAAUUGUCAGGUUUUGGUGAAACGUAGAACCGAUGAACAGCCGCCGCAGAUCACUGUCACGUUUGUUAAUGGUGUUGAGGAAGCUUUUGAUGCAGCAGCAACCUCGGCUCAGUCGAUUAGAAAGAUGAUUCUUGAUAAAGGUCAGUAUCUUGAGACAGAGCAAAUGUUUCGUGAAGCGGGUGAACAAUGGCCUGUGAUUAUCCCUGAUGAAGAACUUCUCCAAGAGGCUCCUGGUGUGAAGCCGAGAAAAGCAGAAGACAAGAAGUAAUGCUGCGCCAUCUACCAUCUAUAUCUCUUGGUGUAUUCUCAUUGAAUUGACAAAUCUUGCUUUUGGGAAUGUAAGAUCGAUAUGUGUCUCGAGCUUAGGGUUUCGGGUUUGGACAGAUAGAUUUGUAUUGUUUUCUUGUUUAUGUGAACCGACAAUGGAUGAACUUCUUGGUCAGAAACCAGGACUAUGACAUUGUUAUGGAAGCUCUGGGAAUAAAAACCAAUUUUUAUG